ACCUUUCUCUUUCAUCUCUGCACUUUCACCAUAUCUCUUUCAAUUCAUCCACCAUGAGAUCACCUACAGAGGCUCUUUCUUCCUCCUUUACAAGUAUUCGUUCAGCAUCAUCAUGGUUCGAGGUGUAUGCUGCGUUCUCCACAUUGAUGAUGCUUCUACGAGCCGUAGUCAACGAUCUCAUACCCCAUCAAGUUCGAUCCUUCAUCGGGUCAAAGCUCAAAUCGUUCUUCUCAGACCGCCAGAACAGCAACCAGGUCUCACUUCAGAUCGAUAAAUACUGGGAUGGCCAGAGCAACGAGCUCUUCAAAGCUGCCAAAGAGUUUCUCCCAGCAAGGAUCACAGAAACUUACAAAUCGCUCAAAGUGGGGAAAAUCUCAAAGCACAAGAGUGUGAUAGUGGCGGUUGAUGGAAAGCAAGAUGUGUUGGAUGAAUUUGAAGGCAUCAAGCUUAAAUGGAAACUUGUUGAAGCCCUACAACAAGAGGAUCGCAGAUCAAAGGAGAACGAGGAGACUGCGUUUACCUUAACCUUUGAUGAGAAGCACAGGGACAAAGUAAUGAAGAAGUACAUUCCACAUGUUUUAAGCUCCUACAAGGCCAUGAAAGCAGAGCAGAGGACUCUGAAGAUUCAUUCCAUGUCAAACAGGCAUUGGAAACAGAGUGACUUGACACAUCCAGCAACAUUUGACACACUUGCUUUGGAUCCUGAGCUGAAGAAAACCAUUAUUGGUGAUUUAGAACGGUUCUUGAAGAGGAAAGAGCUCUACAAGAAAGUGGGCAAGCCAUGGAAACGUGGCUACCUCUUGUACGGGCCUCCGGGGACCGGAAAAUCUAGCCUAAUUGCUGCUAUGGCAAACUACUUGAAAUUUGAUGUGUAUGAUUUGGAGCUGAGUUCUAUGUAUUCCAACACAGACCUCAUGAGGGCCAUGAGGGACACAUCUAACCAAUCCAUCAUCGUGAUUGAAGACAUAGACUGCAACAAAGAGGUGCUGGCUCGAUCAAAUGCAGACAAUGAUGAUUCAGAUUCAGACUCUGACAUUGAGCAUCCUGUUAAGAAGGUUGUUACGAUGACCAAGAGUUUUACUCUUUCGGGUUUGCUUAACUACAUGGAUGGAUUAUGGUCAAGCUGUGGAGAAGAGAGGAUUAUAGUAUUUACAACAAAUCACAGAGACAAAAUAGACCCGGCUUUGCUGAGGCCGGGUCGAAUGGACUUGCAUAUUCACUUGUCCUUCCUUAGAGCCAAGGCAUUCCGAAUCUUAGCUUUUAAUUAUCUGGGAAUUGAAGGAGAUCACCCACUCUUUGAACCAAUUGAAGAGCUACUGGAAAAAGUAGAGGUCACCCCAGCUGUGGUGGCAGAGCACUUGCUGAGAAGUGAGGACCCUGACGUUGCUUUGGAAGGACUUGUGAACUUUAUCAAGGAAAAGGACGUGGAUGGCCUAACUUCAGGUUCAUGAAUGAGACUUUUAUGUCAGCAUGUUUAGAGCUCUCAUCGCCAAUUGGAUAAGGAGUAGUAUUAAAAAAUAAAAAAUUGACCUUUGCUUUUGUAGUGAUUCAGAUGGCUACUUACAUUUCAAAAAGCUCUGUAGAUUCUGAUUAUCUGAUGUUUACCAUAAUUUCAAUAAUCUAAAUUAUGACAUUAGCAGAGUUUUGUGUUA